AUGGAUACCACACACCGAACUAUCCACAAAUCCCUCCGGGUAUCACUCAAGGGUCAGAAUGUCACGAUUCCAAGCAUGUACGAGGUAUUCCCUGAGUGGAAGCCUCAAAUCCAUCCUCAGUGGGUCGUGGAUAAGCGUACUGCUAAAGGCUUGAAAGCUGCGGAUUUCGCUGUUUUCGCUGCGGUCUGGAACCCGAAAUGCUCCUUUGAGGUACUUUGUACUGCAGCGAAAUAUUAUGCGUGGUAUUUUGUUUACGAUGACAUUUUCGACUGCGGAACUCUCAAGUACAACAAGUCUGCGGCUAUAGAGUACCGUGAUGCCAGUCUUCAAUACUUCAAGUUCUUCCUGUGUGGUGAAGGAAGUCCCCCUGACCUGUCCUCCUUUGAUACUGAGCUCCGAAAUGGGCUACAUUGUUGGGAUGAAGUCGGGACCCACAUCUGCCAGGUGAAUUCAAAGGAGAGCCGCCAGGUACUUUGCGACGAGAUGUUACGAUACGUGGGAAGCCUGGAUAAUGUGGACAGCAUUUUUGAGAUCUAUGAAACCCCAUCUCCUGAACAGUACUGGGAGCGCCGGGAAGCUACUGCUGCAGUACACUGCGUGUCUGCAACAAUUCCAUUCGUCUACGGCAUUGACGUCACGAAAGAACAGAUGGAAGCUCAGGCCAUGAAGGACCUGUGGCGACACACUUCCUUCUUUGUGCAUAUCUCCAACGAUAUGUUUUCAUUCAGAAAAGAAGUGAACGAUGAUCAAAUCGAGAAUCUGAUUCCGGUAUUGAUGAUGAAUGAAAAUGUCACUUGCAACGAGGCAAUGCAGAAGGGCUAUGCUCUUUUGCAAGAGGAGGCGGCAGGAUUCUAUGAUGCAAAGAAACGACUGAUCGCCGAUGCCAAGGACGAGGACAAAAAUGUCUCUGAAGCCUUCAUUGAAGGAUGCUUGAAUAUUGCUAUGGGACUAGCUCAUUGGAGCUAUUGUGGACACCGUUAUUUCAAGCCGUGGGAGAGAGAUAGCCAGGAUGUGAUCCACUUUACUGUCGGUCCCCCGCCAGCUCCACCAGUCUCAGCAGUCUGCACUUCAUCCGAGUCCGAGUCAUUCCUGGGGAAGUUUCCGAUCUGGGACAUGUGUCUCAAUCUGGUACACUUCAGUCCAUUAAUUAUAUGGACUGUGGGAGCCAUUGCGCCUCGCUUUACCAAAUUGGCCUCUGUUUCUGCUUGA